AUGCCGAAAAAUAAGCGUAAGAAAAAUUCAUCAUGUCAAAGUAAAGAACCCGAAGUUGAGGAUCAGGUUGCAAUUGAAGGCGGGGAAGAUGAGCUUGAACGUGACAUUGUACCUGGAGAUGACUGUGCGGUCGUUGGUGAUGAAGAUUUCAAUGAGGCUGAUGAUGAAGCUGUUGAUGAAGAAGAAGAUACGAAUGCUGCAAGAGUAGAAGAAGAAGAUGAAAAUGCUGAAGUGCUUCCAGAAGAACGAUGCGAUAACAGUGGAGAUGAUGUAUGGGAUGAUGAGAAGAUCCCCGAUCCACUAUCAUCCGACUCUGAUGACGACGACGAGGAGAAAGCAGAAAGAAGAGAAAGGCAGAGAGAGCUCGAAGAACCUGAGGAGCUGCUAGUGUUAGGGAAAACGUUCAACUCUGCUGAUGAUUUCAAGCUUGCGGUCCUAAGGCAAUCCACGGUUUCGAUGAUACCAGAUAGUUCAGAAGAAGAAUUCAUCGAUUCAGGAAGUAAAAGAGGAGAGGAGAUAGAGAGAGACAAGAGUCGAAAUUUCUAUGAGCUAAUCGAUAUCUCUAUCAACGGAAUUGGAGGAGAAGGUUUUGAUUUGGGGAAAAAUCAAUUUUAUGAUUUAGGUUGA